AUGGAUAAAUAUAAAACAGCAAAGUCACUAAAUGAUAUUGGUUUAUUUGUUAAUUGUUCUGAAAGGUUUGAUUGUUUAAUGUCAGUGUCUAAUAAAACUACUGAUUCUAUUUUAAUACAACUGGAUAAAAAAUUGAAAUCUGAGAUAGAACAAAACUGUGCCAAAUUAAAACCAAUUAUUGAAACUGUUAUGUUUUGUGGCCGUCAAGGUCUACCUUUGCGUGGUCAUCGAGACUCAGGUCCAAUAGACUAUGACAAUCCUCCUGUUGAAAAUGAUGAUGAAGUUCUUAAUGACUUUGCAAAAGACUCAAGAAAAAUAAGAUUGCUAUAG